AUGGAACAAGCCGGUUUUCGACCUGGCAGAAAUUGUACGGAUCAAAUCGCAGCUCUCACCACUUACAUCGAAAAAGGGUUCCAAAAUAAGAAAAAGACAACCGCUGUGCUCAUAGAUUUAACAGCUGCAUACGACACUGUAUGGAGAGAAGGUCUACUGUUCAAACUUCUUAAAACUAUCAAAUGUCUGACUUUUUACAAACUAUUAAAUGAGAUGUUAACGAAUCGUAGUUUUACAGUGAAUAUAGGAGCGUCCAGAAGUUCGACAAAACAACUAAAUAAUGGACUUCCCCAGGGCUCAGUACUGGCACCGACUCUUUUCAAUCUAUACAUCAGUGAUUUACCGGCUACAACCUCUCGACAAUUUACAUACGCAGACGACAUUGCGAUAUCUACACAACAUGAACAAUUUGAAAAUAAUGAAGCUACACUCAAUCAAGACCUAGAAAAAUUCCACAAAUACUUCCAACAGUGGCGCCUUAAGCCGAACAUACAAAAAAACGGAGACUACGACUUUCCACCUGAAUAA